AUGUUGAAGCAAGUUUCUUUCGUUUUCUUUCUUCUUUAUUCUUGCUGCAUGGGAGCUGAGUUCCAAUUGCGGAAGCAUCUUACUCGUGAGCUUCGAGUUAAGGUGCCAACAGAAGAGGUUUGGAAGGUUUACAGGAACCUCGAGGUCGUAGAGCAUGCUGCCCGAGAGCAUAAAGACGUCAUCCGAAGUCUUGACGUUCGUGGUAAUGGUGGCGAUGGAACUUUUACCGAAUACAUUUUUGUUCAAGGUACCAAUUUAUAUACAGAACGGUUCACUAAGAUUGCUGACGAAAAAAGGACGAAGGUGGCAGAGCGUUUGGGUGGAGGAUGUCUAGCAGUUGGUUGUGAACAUCAAACUGCUCAGUUCGAUCUCAUAGAAGAAACCAAUGCUUCAUGCGUCAUCAAAUCGGACAUUAAAUAUAUUGUCAAGAAAGAGUUCGAAGCUGAUGACGUGAAGCCUGAUAUCCAAUCGGUAGCGGCUUUUGCAGAAACUACUAAAAAGUCUCUCGAGAGUAAAUCAUUGCUGAACCAUAGGUAA